CUAGAACAUAACAAGUAGCAGGCGUAUUUGAUGAAUUAAAGAACAAAUAAAAAUAAAAACUAGGGGCAGCAAUUAGGUAAUGCAAGCGCGGAACCAGUUUAGUUCCUGCCUUGUCUCGUGACGUCACAGACCCGGAAAUCAUGCGGAUACGCUGGCUGUACCCUCGAGCAGAACACCGGUUUCUUGGUCUCAUCGCAGCAGAUGGUAGUGCUCCCUUAGCAACUCACGAGACAUGCUGCUGUUGCUGCUGCUGCUAGGCCUCCUGGUGCUCUUCUGCACUGUGGACGUGUGGUAUUUCCUGCGGGCAGUCCAAGUGAUGAUCCAAUCCUUGUUCCAGCCACGCAUACAUGAUGUGCUGGCAGAGCAACGCGUCGACGGCAUGGUCCUCCCCCAUGACGUGGACUACAAGGGCCACAUGAACAACUCGCGCUACCUGCGCGAGUGUGACUUUGCCCGUUUCCACCACUACAUGCGCAAUGGGCUCUUCAUGGCCUUGUGCAGGAUGGGGGCUAAGAUGGUGAUCGGGGCCUCCACCAUCCGCUACCGGCGUUCCUUGGGGUUUGCCGAGACGUUUGAGAUCCGCACCAGAGUGCUGGGCUGGGACGACAAGGCCUUCUACCUGGAGCAGCGCUUCGUGUCCAAGAAGGACGGCUUUGUGUCUGCUGUGUUGCUCUGCAGGCAGAAUGUGGUGCACAGCAGCCCUGAGGAGAUUGUUGAGUUUGUCUGCAAAAAGAAGAUCCAAUGUCCUCUGCUGGGCGAGGAUGUGAAGCACUGGAUCAACUUCAUUUCAGCCAACAGCCAAGCCCUGAGGGCCGAGAGUGGACUGGUGCAGAAGAAGGACGAAUGAACGCAUGCAUAUCGUUAGCAAUACAAACACGGUAGAGGGCCAUCCCAGGCCUCAUGAUAUUUCCUUUUCCCAGUUUGUUACGAAUAUUAUUUUUUCUGGCGUAUAUGAUGUACUACGGAGAUAUGAUCAUGAAAGUGAGCGAUACGUUCACACAGGCAUGCGGAAGCAACUUGAUCUCCUGCCAAGACAGGAGAAUGUGUGCGCACUUCUGAGGAGUUGGUUGUCCAGUACUUGAUACAAAAAAAUUGCACAAAAAAAGCUUCCCAUAGAGAAACGUCAAUAUUUUAUCAUAAAGGGAUCAUUUGCUGUUUUGAUGGGUGGUAUUUAAAACUCUUAAUGUAAUGUUGCAGGCAACUUUGAAUGACAAUGCAGUACGCAGAUAAUAUAAUUUAUUUAUAAACCUUGCACUUCAUCUUCUGAC